UCUCCCCCUAACUGGCCUUCAGGCUGGGCCCACUUAGCUCAUAACAAGUUUACAGACAGGAAUAGGAUUCAUUGGCUAGGGGCAGUAUGGCUGCUCCUACACUCAGGACAUAAGUGAGACUCACAGUAAUAAGACACAGAAAGCUACAGCCCCGGAGUCUACCAACAACCUCCCUAUGCUCCACUAAUCCGCUAGGCAGUUGAUUCUGGGCAGUUCUAGCUCCGCCCCUUCUCCCAAGCGCCGCUCAUAGAUUUGACACUGACGACUCAGCCCCUCCCCCAUUUAGGGCAGCGAUUUAAUUAUCUCAUCCGAUGGGCGGACCGAUUGGUUCCUUGGGCGUGGUCAGCGUUAUCAUUGGAGACGUGGGCGGGGUGGACCAUACGAAGACCUUGGCUUGGUGGGCGUAUCCGUAGUUCCCCACGCCCCAUUCCCGGAUUCCUCACAAACAGGCAGAUCCCGCAGGGAGGAGGGAGUCAGAGGCUCCGGUGUCAGAAUGGGCCUGUGUCUGCCGUGCUUGGGGGGAGCCGCCGAGGAUGUGGUGGAGACUCCGGAUCCGGAGAUGAGGAGGAGACAGUUGGCAGAAGCUGCAGAGAAGAGACAGAUGGAGGCCUCUAAUCGCGGCAUUAAGGAUCCUUACUCAGUGGAGCAGAAGAAGAAGAAAAAGGAAGAAAUGGAACAAGCGCUGUCAAGUUCUGCUCCUGCAGGGGAAGGCGGUGGCCUCAGGUGGCAAGUUGGGUAGCGCCCUGUGCCGCCGGCCGUGGAUGUGCCGGUUCUGUAUGCGGGAGAGCGUCAUCGCCUUUUGUUGUGCACGUUUGGGCCCAUGAGUGGCAGGUUCCCCCAGACAAGACUACUAACCCAGUUAUCGCUUGAGUUUUAUUAUUGCUUUGCAGUGACUCUGUGCCACCUGGACUGACUGUGCCAACACCGAUCUCCCAUCUUCCUCUGUUAAAAGGGCAAAUGUUUGUUUUUUUUAGCGUGUAAGCGUCCUGCAGUUCAACUACACACAGGUUAGACUUGUCCUACUCUGCCGACAUCACUCUCCACCAUCGUUUGCAGGCUUAUGACAGCUGCUCCAAUUAAAAGGGAAGUUCAGCUUUAAAUGAACUAGUGGGUCAUGGGGGGGGGUGAUCUAGGCUUCUUUGCAGUUGGUCUUUGUUAUUGGUCCCACUAUGCGGCCUCCUUUCAGGUUUAAGACCUUUCAUGGCUGGGGAAGGAAUUUCAGGUGAUACCUGGGCCUGUCGACUUCCUUUCAGUCAUGGGAUUGCGAAUUUCAGAUAGAAGAUGUUGGUGGGGGUACCAGGAAUUUCCCAUCCUGCACCCCAACUUUACCCAGCCCCACGUAGAGGAGGAUUCUGACAGCUUGGAUUCUGGGCAGGAUUAUCCCACCAAUGAUAUAGUGAGGGACUGGGAGCCCAGAGGCAAUACACAAUGCCCGUACUGACCUCUAUAGAACAAUGGGUCUCUGGCCAUCACUAGACUUUCACUUUAAUUCAGUCUUAGGGGGUUGAGCUUAAAUCACAUGCCUGGGAGGAAACCGAUAUGGCAGCACCAUCGCCCUCUCCAUACAGAAACCACUGCCAUUCCCUGAACAUUCCACAUUCUCACCAAUAUUUUAUUCUGUUGCCAGUGCCCAGGGCUUGUCCUGAACCAUCUUCUGCCUCUCGUUCUUUCAUUGUAGCUCCUCCUCCUAUGCUGACUCUGCAGAAUCACUGAGGGGGGCGAUGACAUAAGGCAAAUACAGGUUUAAUGAGAAUGAUCAGCUUAUGAUAAGAUAAGUCCCAUUACCAAGAACUGGGUGGUUGAAGGGGUUGAGUCCCCCCCUCUACUAGUCGGAGUAACUAAGUGUUUAGCCUGGAUUUAAGAUUUAAUAGUUACCAGAGAUUCUUUGCUACGCAGACACUGCCGAUUGACACAGUUCUAAUGAAUGCGGGGAGAGUUGUGGCUUUUUUGGAUGAGAUUGUAUUUAUUUCCUAUUUGUAAAGGUAUUGCUAUAAAUCUGCUUACUGUC